AUGAUACUAAGAGGAUUGUUCCGCGAAGGGAGAGUAAACACAGCACUUAACUUGUUCUCUGAAUUAGAAGCUCUUGGUACAUCACCUAACGAAUACACUUAUACCACGGUCUUGGAUGGUAUGUGCAAGAAUGGAAGAUUGGAGGAGGCGGUUAAUCUUGUAGAGUCCAUGAAGGAGCGGAUCGCACCUGACUUAUCCAUGUACACUGCUCUUCUUAAUGGCUUUUUUAGAAAUGGCAAGCUAGAAGAGGCGCAAAGACUGUUUGCUGACUUACGGACCAAAGGGCUGGAACCUGAUGUGGUGGCUUAUACCUCCAUGGCCCAAGGUUUGAUUGGAAACAAGAUGCUCUUAGAUGCCAGGAGAUUGGUGACGGAAAUGGAAGAAAAGGGUUGCCAGCUAAAUGCUCAGUUCUACAAUGUGCUAAUUCAAGGCUUCCUUGAAGCUAAGGAUAUUGAAAACGGGUUAUUGUUUCUUAAUAAGAUGAGGAAAGAAGGUUUUGUUCCAAGGGAUUCCUUGGUUUCCCUGUUAUGUCGCACUCUAUCAGGGGAUGAGCUAAGAUGUUGGUUGGAUUCCGACAAAGCCUGA